AGGUGGAGUUUCUGUUCUCUCCUGUCCCCAGACCUGAGUCCUGGUCACAGCGGUUGGGUGUUGCCUCUCUCUGGUCUCCCUUCUGGUCCCUUCCCCCAAAGUAGAGCACAUACCUGCACAUUUUUAAGCAAGUUUCAACCAAAUUUGAUCACCCCCAUCAUCGAAACUCUGAGAUGGAUCAGCACAAGUAUCGCACGGCGGGAGUCCAGGAGAAGCUGGAGAUCAUCGGGGUGGAGGACGAGGCCGGGAACCCCAUCAGUGCCCUGACCAUCCUGUCGCUGCUGGAGCGCGUGGCCGGCAUCAUCGAUAACGUCCAGUCCUGCCAGCAGCGCAUGGAGGAGCGCCAGCUGGAGCUGGAGACCAACAUCAAGACCAUCCAGGGCGACGUCCUCAAACUGGCCAAGGACCACACCGACACCAGCGGCACGGUGGAGAAGCUCCUGCAGAAGACCCGCAAGGUCAGCGCCAACGUCAAGGAGGUUCGGACGCGCGUCGAGAAGCAAAACGUCCGCGUCAAGAAGGUUGAAACCACACAGGAUGAGCUGCUCACCCGCAACAAGUUCCGUGUCGUCAUCUAUCAGGGCGAGACAGAGGUCCCAUCAGUGGCUGUCACCAAGUCCCCGAAAGGAACCGGCCUGGACGGGCUGGAGAUUGAACCCGACUCCUACGAAGUCCCUCUUGACCUCUCCUCCGACGAGGAGUACCUGAGUGUGGAGGAGGCCGACCCUUCCCGAGCCGCCCGCAUCAAGAAAUCCAUGGUGAAAAGCACCGAAACCCUGAAGGCUGCAUUCUCCAAGGAGAAGAUGACCAAGACCAAGGACAACAUCGGCACCAAGUUCCACAACCUGGGCGAGAAGGUCAUGCCGGCCGAGCGGCGGGACAAGAUGCACCAGGCUGGCGAGCGGCUGAAGCAGUCGGGCGAGCGGCUGAAGGAGAACAUCGCCAAGAAGGCUCCGACCAAAGAGACCUUCCGCAUCAAGCUGAAGAAGGAGAGAGCCGUCGCUGAGGGCCAGGAGGGUGCUGAGGCUGAGGCCGAGGGGGCGGAGCCAGCGGUAGCAUACACCGAGGUUGCUAUGGAAACCAAGAGGGAGGGGCCCGUGGAGGAGGCCGGCGCCACCCGGAUAGGAGAAGACGAGUACAGGAAGUAAAUCAGACGUCAGAUCAGACAGCACUGACAUGAAGAGGAGGCGGGGAGAAAACUGGUCACGGCCAGGAUUUAGAGAGAAGGUCUGGGAUUGGUCGACAGCGAUGAUGGACAUUUUUAUUCGCCAGAAUGUUUUUAGACAGAAGGUGGGACUGACUCCAGAAGGUCAUCAGAAUAUGAACUGGUAAUUUAUCUGUUUCAGAGUCGAGUUACUCUUUCAAAUGUUAUCUGAUUUUAACAAUAAUAUAAUUUAAACAACUUGACGUGAAUGUGAGAAUCUUUAUUUCCACUGAGACAAGUUCAGGUUUGUUUGACUGAUUUGAGUCCAAAUUGAGGUUGAGGUUUAUUUGCACAAGACUGCUGGAAGGACAGGAAAGAUGGCAAAUGAUUGAUGAAAGUUUGAAGAGGAUGAUGAAUGUUGAUCUGAAGUUCACGUAUUGAUAUUUAAUCUGGAUGUACAUAUAUUGUUGUACAUACUGCCAACACUGGGAGGGGGGAAAUUUGGUCCAUGCAGGCCUCAGCUGGUUUGAGGAACCUGGUGAGAAAAUCGAGUCAAACUGAUUGGACGUCAGACUGGAUUCUGAAUGAAGUCAUAGUAGCCUAAACUUUAAGUUGCUUGAAAGCAGCGUCAGCGAUCGCUUAGAUAGACAUUAAAGCUGCACCAGGCAGAAAGAUUUGAAGCUUGGUUUGGUAAGAUUGUCGAAGCAAGAAAGAGCAAGCUACAUUUUGAAAGUAUCUAACUGAAAAAUCCCUCUGAAACACAUGAACACACGGCCCGACCCCACCGAGUGCCAGCUGACAGAUAUAUUAGCAGCUAGUUGGCUACUUCAGCACUCUCUUUUUAGUCUGAUAAACAUAUGAAUAAAAACACAAACAUCUCUUUAAAUGUCACAACUAUAUAAACACAGGAAAAAUAACUGUCAAGAAUGUGCUUCAGUCCAAAAGGCUGCACAGUGCAUCAGUUGUCCCUCACUGCUGUAUAAGUGUGCUUUGUGCUAACGUUAGCCGCUGAACAAGUGUGUUGAUGGCGCCACAGCUCUUCUCUCCGGCUCAAGGUCUGUGUGCUCUGUGCUACCUGAGUUACAUCUGAUCAACAGUCUGCUGCUGCUGCUGCUGCUGCUCGCUCGUUCUUCGGCUCAGGUGCUGUGUGCUUCGUGCUAACCGAGUUAGCGAGCUGCUGAAUAUGUGCAGGGGCUGUUGACUGUGAGCACAGCACACCGUUAACCGCAUCAAACUACCUCAUGUCUCACAAUAUUGUCAUAAUGAACAUGGCUAUUGGUAGCACUUAGUGCUGUCAAGCUAGCAUGUUAGCAUGGGGCAAAUUUUAGCUGCACCCUCUCAAAUUACCCUGCUAAUAGGUCUCAAGAAACAUCCGCCUCGCCUUUAGGAAAACUCCAGGCAGGUACGUUUACAGGCAGACCUGCAGGAAGCUUUUGAUUUACUGAUUUCUGUCAAGAUGUUUUCGAUAUUCCACAAAUGCAAUAGAAAAUUCUUCUGGAAUAAUUUACCAACGAGGCAGCAUCAGUAAACUCUGACGGUUCUGCUGCGUUCAGUUCAUGAGAAGAAGAAAUUAUCUGGAGUUGGCAGUCUGGUGAGCAGGCAGGAAGUUACGGGGGGUAAAAUGUGGUUAGCAGUUACCAAAUCAGCCUUAAGUUAGCUUGAUAAAGUGAUAAUGAAUGUAAAUUGACACUUCAUUUUAACUUCAUUCAUUCAUUCACUCCAUUUAAACACUUUCCCCCCAAAUUCAUUCCUGACAGAUUUUAUCUUUGGAUCAUCAUUAUAAUUAGAAGUAAUCUGAGUCUGAUUUAUGCAAACUGGUGAAUAUUUCAUCAGAUGGCCUACUUUGCAUAUUUAAACAUAAAAUAUCUUGUCAAAAUAAAAAAUGCUAAGAAUUAUUUUGUUCUCUGGAAAUUCAUAAUAAACCUCUGAAUGUUAUUUACAGAUCAUUUUUCACCCGCAGCCUGAUUUAUAUCACAUUUUAUUGAGAAAAUGUCUGUACGUGUUUUUAUGGCUGUUGACAGGAUUUGUCUGAUUUAUGAAGUGACGUCUAAACUUCCAAAAAAAAAUAAUUGUCUUAAUGUGAGUAAUCGAUGGGGAAAGCGUCGCGUGUCAUCUGUCUCAGUCGAUGGUGACUAAACGUAAAGCUCAUCUCCAUCGUCAUAUUCUGAGAUGUGAGCCUGUAAUUUCUGGAUUUAAGGCGGUAUGAGACGAGGUGUUGGUGGCUUCAAAGCUUUUUUUGAGGGGGAGGGGGCGCUGCUGAAUUUUGGCAUAUGAAUGUUUUAUUACAUUUUUUUUUCUUUCUCCAGUUUUGCUGCUUUAUAUUCAUAGUUUUCUUUUGAAGUCCGGCGAGCGCACCGACUUCAUUCUCCUGUAGCGAUUAGCGAGGUCGCAGCUUUUCAUCAGGAUGAUCGGAUUUUCAGUCAUCAGAUAGAAGCUCAGCUCACAGUGCUGCCGUUAGAUAUGAGAGCGGCGUCUUAUUCUGAAAAAACACACUUCCUGUAAAGCUUUAAGCUUCUGUUUCAUGUAAUAACUGACUGUAUUUAUGUAUCCAUGCUGAGUUAAACUGUGUUGAUGCUGAAUGUGAUGCAGUGUUGAUAGUAUCUGAGUAACCAGGUUUCAUCUCUUGCGUAUAUUAACCUUUUUUUCACAGCUCAGUCACUGUGUUGUGUUUGAUUUCAUGUCAUUUUAACAAUCGUUGUGACAAAGGAUUGACUGAGGCCGUGUACUGUUGUUUUGGCGGCACCAGACAUUAAUCAUUCUGUUUUGUUUUUAUAUAAAUAAAGUUCACAUCAAACCUGUA